AUGAAUCACGAAAAUACCGAUGAAGAGGAUAUUCAUAUUGCUUUGAACGUUGGUGGCAUGAAGUACGAGACCUAUUACUCGACACUCCUAAAAUAUCCAACAAGUUAUCUCGCAAAAUUCAUUGAAAAAGAAGAUCCCGAUGACAAAGACGAAUACUUUAUUGAUCGGGAUGGUCAAUUAUUUUGGUAUGUGCUGGAAUUCUAUCGGAAUGGAACAAUUGUUUUCCAGGAUCCAGAUAAAAUGUGUGUCACUUGUGGUCGUGUUGCUACUCGUGAAUUAUUAAAAGAGGAAUUUGAGUUUUAUGAGAUUCCUUUUACUGUGACGGAGGCUGCUGAUAAAUCUAACUUGGCUAAUGCCGUCACCAAUAAUGCAUUAUCGUCUUCUGGUCAAAAGGAUCAUUAUGUUAUGGAAAAAGCCAUAGCAGCAAAACUCGAUGAAUUUAUGUAUUGUUUGAAAGAGGUUUUUGCAAAAAUGGUUAUCAACUUUGAAAAACAAGUUCAAAUCAUUUUUUUCGGGCGAAAGACACAUCCAACAGUAAAAACAUUAAGCAUGAGCGAUCAUCCAAGCUCUUAUCUCGUCCGAACUAUUUCGGACUUGGUGAUUCCAUAUGGAAGUGUUGCCGCAAAAUUUCUUGAGUCUUUCGAAUAUGAUAUUUAUGCGUACCUCAGGAGCGAAUGUUAUGGAUUUGAAUGGAAAUUGCAAAAAGACAUGUCAGAAGAAAUUGGCACUUGGAUUAUUGUGACGAUAAUGGAUGAGGGAAACAUUAAUCGUACUGAAAUAAUGGAGAAAUCAUGUCUUAAAGGUGGAAAUCUGAAAAGUUGA